CUCAUCACUAUUUCUACCGCGUUCAUCUCAUCUGUCGUUCAUAUCAUACUCCUAGACACGACCCUUUCCGUCACACUUUAAUUCCGUCAUAAGCCACAUCAUAUCAAACGCAGCUUCUCAUAGUGUCCUCUACUACGCACAAGAUCCCUCAUCCGCAACACACCCACAAAGCCUCACCUAAGACGUCUCUUCGUCGAACAGACUUACGGACAUCCACACAUGUCUACUCAAGAGAACGGCGAAAGCAAUGUGCCUCCAGAGACUCCACCGGCUCCACAGACCCCAACAACUCCGAAAACACCACCACACACGCCUCCAAUAACCCCUCCCAAAACACCUCCGAAGACACCUCCAAAGACGCCUCUACAUACACCUCCACAUACGCCUCCGCACACGCCUCCACGCCGCCGCAGCGACGGUUCGUACUUUGAUGGCAAGCAUCAUGGCAAAAGGCACUGCUGUGGCAAGCACUAUUGUAGCCACUGUGGCAGGCCCUAUGUCGACAAGGACAGAAGUUUGAGUCACGCAUCCAAAAACACCAACUCAACUUUAUCUGCUGCUCCAACACUAAAACCCGGACCUGUCAAAACGAACACGAGUCAAAGUUCCUACGAAAGGCGUCAGAAGGCUAGAGAUCAGAGAAGGCGAUUGAAGAAGGAGAGAAAAUUGCAAAGAAAAAGGGAAAGGGAGGCCAACAUCAAUAAGGCGAAUUUGGUGAAGAGGCAUUUCUUGGCUAGACUUAAGUCCAAGUUCUCACGUCGUCGGACUGUUACCGUUACAUAUUAA